AAAACGCCCGGGUUUAAUUUUUUCCGAAGGAAAGACAACAUCGUCAACACAGCUCUCAGCUCUGAAGAAGACAAGGAAGGACGACAACAAUGCCUAUCAAACCUGUUCCGAAGCUUGCAGUGCUGCAAAACGGUGUUGGUGCGUUUGUGCUCUCCUGCAAGCGUAUCACUCUGCAGUUUGACCAGGCUGGCGGCUCGUCGCAGGGACUCAGAGAUUUCCUCAGGCUAAGAUUGGACAACUAUGCCAAACAGAACCCAAAGAUCGAAUUCAAGGUUGUCCAGAAAGGUGGACACCCAGUUCUUAAAGGUGAAUAUAGCAACGGCUUGGACAAGGCGAUAUGUGUGCGCAACUUGAACGUUGAUAACGUGCAGAAUAAGUUGAAUCUGUUGAGAGAGUCUUCUGGUGAGCGUAUUAGAAAGAGAAACGCCAAGGUUGAGAGUAUCAACGACUCAGUUAGAGGUGUCUGGUCGCCAUUGCACGUGGACCCAUCUGUUAGACACAAAGUGUAA